GUAGACAUCGCGAGGAGAACAAUCCGAGAAUAUUUCCAUCACGUGAGUCUCUGGUGCGCUUAGUUUCACUUGGUCGUUCUCACAUCUAUCUUCGUUCUUCAACAUGGAGAUCCCUUCUUUCAUCUCCUCAGCCGCCCAGAACAGCCCUCAGAUCAAGACGAUUGAGAUGCACACCACCGGUGAGCCCACUCGGAUCGUGUACUCUGGCUACCCUGAUAUCACCGGAACUCUGCUCGAGCAACGAGCUCAUGCAAAAGCCCACCACGACCACAUUCGUCGUGCUCUCAUCUACGAACCGCGAGGCCAUCGGGAAAUGUACGGAGCGGUUCUUCGGCCAUCUUCAGAGCUUGUCGAGUCCGGCGAGGCGCAUUUGGGCGUCUUGUUCCUUACCAAUGAAGGCUACAGUACCAUGUGCGGCCAUGCCACCUUGGCCGUCGCAAGGUUGGUGGUCGAUCAAGCUGGUGCUGGAUCCCAAAUCUUCCCCAUUCGCCGUCCCAUCGAUUUCGAUAACCUUGGAUCUCGAGACGAGGUUGUUGUCAGUCUCCACGUUCCGUGUGGCCUCGUAAAUGUCACCGUUCCAGUUAGGAGAGGGAGUAAUGAUCGCUGGACAACUGAUAUACGUCGACCCAUCUCAUAUCGCUCCGUACCAAGUUAUGCCACUGGAAUUGGUAUUACCGUUCCUCUCCCGUCGUCCUACCGCUGGCCUGAAUUAGGACAGAGGGAAAGCAUUAUCGUUGACAUUUCCUACGGAGGAGCUUUCUACCUCGUUGUGUCGCCUGACACCCUGGGUUUCGCGGAUACCCUGGCGAAACCGGAUAUCCCAGGGCUGAGUCGAGCUACUGCACAAUUGAAAGAGGCCUUCAACAGCUCACAACACCUUCGACAAUCCUUCCUCUACCACGCCGAGCAUUCGGAUCUGCAGUUCCUUUACGGCACGCUUGUCACAGAUGCCAAGACUGGACUUGCAAGCCCGGGUACUGGCGGAGCGGAAACAACAAUCUGCUUCUUCUCGGAUGCUCAGGUCGACCGAAGCCCUACUGGUUCGGGGGUGCAGGCAAAAGUGGCACUCGCGUACGCGAAAGGCGAAAGGAAGCUGAGCGAGAAGUGGGCGUAUCACAGUGUCCUUUCCAAUCGGUACGAUGGAGAGGGUGCGUUUGUGGGCGAGGCUGUUAAGGAAGUCACCGUCGGAAGCCAUAAAGCUGUGAUCGUUGAAGUGAGCGGCUGGGCACGGUAUACAGGGGCGUCGAGCUUUCUGAUCGAGGAUGGAGAUGCUAUUGGCGAGGGCUUUUGGUUUGAUGGGCUCGGUGCUGCCUAGAGCUGGCUAAUCUUUCUCCCAUCCAUGACGAGCCUCGAAAUUCAGGCGCAUUUGCGAUAAAGACGGUCGGAAGAAAAGGAUGAGAGGCAGGGGAGCUUCAGGAAUCCGGUUCGCAGAUCCGGCUGCAGCCCGACGCGGGACGCAAGGCUUUUGCGGCUUUUGCGGGGUUUGCAACCAGCUAGCCCGCGGCGUCGGCUCGAAUCGUCAUCGUCC